AUAACUGGGUUAUAACACGACCUUCUGUCACGAACGAGCUACAAGUGCCAAGCGAACAAGAACGUUACAUUGUUUACACUGUUUUUGCAGCUAGAAAAAAUAACUGAAAAUGGGUAAUAUGUUCGUGGUUUCAUUUCGUCGAUUCCGCCCGAUGUUAAAGUUGAAGAGACCGUUUCACGUUGUUAUGCUUGGCUUGGACAAGAGCGGCAAAACCUCCAUUUUGUACCGGAAUAAGUUUAGAGAAUACGUUAAUACAGUCCCUACAACGGCAUUCAACGUGGAGACUAUUCGUCCGUUUAAAGGAAUACGGUUCAAAGUAUGGGAUAUAGGAGGAAGAGAGCAAAAUAGACCACUUUGGAAGGCGUAUGCCAGGCAAACGGACGCUGUCAUUUAUGUUGUAGACAGCACAAGUGCAGGAAAACUUGAAGAAGCAAGGGACGAGUUAUUCAAUUUACUGAAUUCUGCGCAACUAAACGGUGCUCCUAUUUUAAUAUUCGCCAAUAAACAAGACUGCCCGAAUGCUAUUCCACCUAGGGAAAUAACUCACAUGCUAUCUUUACACGAUUUAAAUGCGAGGCAUUUAUGGUUUGUUCAGCCAUGUUCCGCUUUGCUUGGUGAAGGAUUAUUAGAUGGACUUCGCGCGUUAUCCGAGAUGAUUGUUCAGUGGAGAUUGGACUUGAAAGCUGCUAAAGCGAAUAGAAAACGGCGAAGUUUAGCUGCUUCAAGGACAAACUCUAUUAAUAAUAUUCUCUAAGAGGCAAUACAUUAAUAGAAAUAGUAAGAAGAAUUUGUUAUGAUUUCUGAGUAUAUUUUUUUAACGUCAUUGGCUAAAGUGAAUUUAGCUUCACUUCAAUUUGUGUUAAAUUCAGACGAAGUGUUAAAUUCAGCCGGUGUUUAUUUAUUGGCACAUGUAAAAUAUAUUAUUUUAUUCUUGAAAUAUAUUAUUUUAUCUUUAUCAAUCUUAAUAUAUUAAUAUUAGUAUAAGGAACACAGGCUUCGACUUGUGUAGCGAAAUACGUCCUAUGUGAAAAAAACUCCUUUGAAUUCGAGAAUUGAAAUGAAAUUGUGAAAUAUGAUAUCUUUUUACAUACGCACAAUUAGUAUAUAACAGAGUUUUCAUAAAACCACCACCUGCGUUCAAUUUGUAAAUAAAUAAUUUGUAAAAUAACUUGGUCAAAACAUAAUAAAUCCCAAUUUUAUUCAAAA